CGGAAGUCGCCGCCGCCGUCGUCCCCUCCCCGUCUCCGCCCGCCGGGUGCCGCCGGAGGUUGACAGGUCGAGGCGGGGAGGCGGCGGCGGCGGCACAGCCGGACGCCCGACACGGAGACUCCAUGGGGAACGCUCCGAGUCACAGCAGUGAAGACGAAGCGGCUGCCGCCGGGGGCGAGGGCUGGGGCCCGCACCAGAGCUGGGCGGCCGACUCGGGCACGGUCGCCGGCUCGGGCCCCGCGGCUCCGGCGCUGCCUCCCGCCGCGGCGCUGCUGGAGCCGGCCCGACUGCGAGAGGCGGCGGCGGCGCUGCGGCCCGCGCCGCCCUGCGAGUCUCUGGUGUCCAGGCACCACGGCGCGCUGCUGCGCUGGUUGGAGGAGCGGCUGGGCCGCGGCGAGGAGUCCGUCACCCUGGAGCAGUUCCGGGAGCUGCUGGAGGCUCGCGGCGCCGGCUGCUCGGGCGAGCAGUUCGAGGAGGCCUUUGCCCAGUUCGACGCGGAGGGUGAUGGCACCGUGGAUGCGGAGAGCAUGCUGGAGGCCCUCAAGCAUUCCAGCGGCGCUAACCUCCAGGGCGAGCUGAGCCACACCAUCCGGCAGCUGCAGGCCUGCUCCCUCGUCCCAGGUUUCAUCGACAUCUUCUCAGAGUCCAAGGAGGGGCUGGGUGUGCACGCAUCCCUGAUUCUGCGCUUCCUGCACCGCAACCGGCUCUCCGGCACGGCCGUGCCCUGCCCCAUGCUGGACCACUGCGCCAACGUGUGUGCCAUGAGGGCCUCUGUUCUCAAGGAGUCCUUGGACCAGCUGCUCCAGAGGGAGAAGGAGAGUCCUGGAGAUCUAACCGGAAGCCCGGAGAUGGAUAAACUCAAGUCAGUAGCAAAGUGUUACGCUUACAUAGAAACCUCGUCGAACCCUGCUGACAUCGACAAGAUGACCAAUGGAGAAACGUCGUCGUACUGGCAGUCGGAUGGCAGUGCCCGCUCGCACUGGAUCCGCUUAAAAAUGAAGCCGGACGUUGUGCUUCGACACUUGUCCAUCGCAGUGGCCGCCACUGACCAGAGCUACAUGCCGCAGCAGGUGACAGUAGCCGUGGGGAGGAGUGCCAGCGAUCUGCAGGAUGUCCGCGACGUGCACAUUCCCAGCAAUGUCACGGGCUACGUGACGCUGCUGGAGAACGCCAACAUCAGUCAGCUCUAUGUCCAGAUUAACAUAAAACGUUGUCUUAGCGAUGGAUGUGACACUAGAAUUCAUGGUCUGAGGGCUGUUGGCUUUCAGAGAGUUAAGAAGUCUGGGGUCUCGGUGUCAGAUGCUUCUGCAAUCUGGUACUGGUCUCUGCUGACCUCUCUGGUGACGGCGUCCAUGGAGACAAACCCUGCCUUUGUCCAGACGGUGCUGCACAACACGCAGAAGGCACUGCAGCACAUGCCUCCGCUUUCCCUCUCACCAGGAUCUACAGAUUUCUCGACUUUCCUGUCUCCCAACGUUCUAGAAGAAGUGGACAGCUUCCUCAUAAGGAUAACUAGCUGCUGCUCGACUCCCGAGGUGGAGCUAACCCUUCUGGCCUUUGCACUGGCAAGAGGAAGUGUUGCCAAAGUGCUGAGCUCUUUGUGCGCCAUCAGUGAGCAUCUGGACACGCAGUACGAUGCCUCGUCCCUCAUCGCCUCCAUGGCGUCCGUCAGGCAGAGCCUGCUGCUUAAAUACGGUAAACCUCUUCAGCUGAUCCUUCAGGCCUGUGAUGUCAAAGGGAAAGAAGAGAAGUCAGGACCGGAAAACCUCCUGGUGGAGCCGUGGACCAGAGACGGGUUUCUUACAGAGACUGGGAAGACCAGAGCAAGUACCAUUUUUUCUACAGGAACUGAAUCUGCGUUCCAAGUUACACAGAUCAGAAUUAUGGUUCGACGUGGUGGCAUUGGUGCCCAGUGUGGGUUGGUGUUUGCCUAUAACUCCUCUUCUGAUAAAUUCCACGCAGAAGAACACUUCAAGAGGUUUGAAAAAUAUGACAAAUGGAAGCUUCAGGAAUUCAGGCAAUUUCUAAAAAGCAGGGCUGGUUGCCCCUCUGCGGAGCUCAGAGAGGAUGACCCCGUUGGCUGGUUUGAGCUGGAAGAAGAGUGGGAUGAAGCGGAUGUGAAGUUGCGGCAGUGCAGAGUAGCCCAGUACCUGAUGGUGAAGUUCCUGUGCACGCGCCAGGAGUCGGCGGAGCGCUUGGGUGUGCAGGGCCUCAGCAUCAGCGGGUACCUGCGGCCGGUGAGCGCGGACGCGGAGCAGCCCGCCGUCUGUGCCCACUGCAGGAAGGACGGGGAGGACAGCGUCUGUGGGGCCACCCUGCUCCUCAGGACACUUCAGUUCACUCAGCAGCUCGCCCAUGACCUGGUGCAGCAGAAGGAAAGUGGCUUAAAAUAUAAAUCUUUUCUGGACUUCGCGGGUCUUGAUUUGCAAAUCUUCUGGAAUUUUUACAGUAAAUUAAAGCAAAACCCGAGGGAAGAAUGCAUCUGUGCCCAAACCCUGCUUCUGCGUCUCCUCCAGAGCUGCUUCUCCGUGCUGCAGAGGGAUGGGCCGGCUGCCUGCCCGCAGGCAAAGGCUCCCCAGCAGAGUCCUGCAGGGGCUGCGGCCGCCAAGGAGCUCCACACACAUUUAUGUGACGUGGUGGACAGGGUGGACAGAGACUCUGCACCCGUGGAAGCGUUAAAACAAGAAGUCAGGAAUACCCUUCUCAAUGGGGCUGCCGUCUUCUUUCCUGACCGACAGAGCCGGCGGGACCAUCUCUUCGCCAUGAUGAAGCACGUCACCGAGCAGGAGCACAAGCAGUCCCUGCAGCUCACUUUCCGUUCGCUGUGCACCUAUUUUAGUGAUAAGGAUCCAGGUGGCCUCCUGCUCUUGCCUGAGAAGGGUGACGUGGCCGACUUGAACAACUCUGAAGUACUAGCGGUCACAAGCACCCUCCUGUCCGUUGCUGCCCGAGAGUGCGAACUGCUGGUGCUCACGGGCGCCCGAGGGGAGGCCGGCUCCGUGCUGCUGUCCCUGUUCUGGGCCGCCCAGGGCAGCCUGCUCUCCUGGUGCUUCCUGCAGCUGAAGAGCGCCGACCCCGCGGCCAGAGGCCGAGCGGCCGACCUGCUGGAGCAGUAUGUGAGGCAGUUUCUGGCAAGCAUGAGAGUGAUUUUGGAAUCCCUCUUGUCACAGCACAGUGGAAAAACCAUCGUAGAAAAGUUAUGUAACUCGGUGUUUUCGAUGGCAGCUCGUCAACUGGUCAUCUUCCUGCUGGAUUUCUGCACGUUGGAUGUCCCCCACUGCACGCUGCUGCGCGAGUUCAGCACGCUGACGGGGCUGCUGAGGCGGCUCUGCGCCGACCCAGAAGGGCCGCUUGAUAAGCUCGAUGCAGAGACGUGGCAGCAGGAGUGUCCCGUGGUGUUACAUACCUGGACAAAGGAGUCUGCCCACAACUAUGAAAACAACUGCCACGAGGUGUCUGUCUUCGUGAGCCCGGGGGCAACCUACUUUGAGGUGGAGUUUGAUGAGCGGUGUGAGACGGAGAAAAGGUAUGAUUAUCUGGAAUUCACUGACGCCAGAGGAGGAAAAACACGCUAUGACACCAAGGUCGGCACCGAGAAGUGGCCCAAGAAAGUGACCUUUAAGGCCGGCCCCCGGCUGCAGUUCCUCUUCCACUCCGACAGCAGCAACAAUGAGUGGGGCUACAAGUUCACUGUCACCGCCUUUGGCCUGCCCGACGUGGCCAUGUCCUGGGCGCUGGACUUGCAGCUGCUCGUUUCCCGGCUAAUGGGACGCCUGGCUGCCCAGUGCAUGGCGCUCAAGUCCGUGCACCAGUUCGGGAGCGACAUGGUGGUGCCUCCCGCAAAAAUGGCGUCGGUCCUGAACUCCCCGCUGUGGAAACCUGUCUUUAGGCAUCAGCUGAGUCCAGAGUUGGGAUUAGCAGCGAGCUGGCCCACUCCCCUGCACCAGGAUAGUAAGGAGGUCAAGAAUAUCCCCGACGAUCCCUGCCACCACUUUCUUCUUGAGUUUGCACAGUCAGACCCUGCCCAGAACUUCUGUGGGCCAUUUUCAGAACUUUUCAAAGGAUUCAUACAGGCAUGUAGAAAACAGGCCCCAAAGACAGAUAUAGUUGCUGGUUCCACUAUUGAUCAAGCUGUGAACGCCACCUUUGCUGCUCUGGUGUGUCGUACUCCAGGCUUGUAUGAGAAGCUGCAGAAAUAUGUAAAAAGUGGGGGCAGCACAGCCCUGAGCGAGGAGUUUGCCCAGGUCUAUUGCUUGGCAGACGGCAUUCGAAUAUGGAUGCUGGAGAUGAAGCAGAAGUCCCUGAUGACGCUGGGCGAUGAGGCAGAAGGAAGGCGUGGGUCAGAAGCUGCUGAGGUGAACCCCGAGGGCCUGGCAAAAGAGUGUAUUCAGAAGAGUCUCCUGCUACUAAGAUUUUUGCCCGUGGGAGUGAGUUCAAAGGAAAGCUGUGACGGGCUGGUGGCUGCAGAUGACACAGAUCACCUCCAGCCACGGGACAGGCGUCCGAGGACGAGCUCUGUGGUCGAGGAGCAUUUCCAGGCUUCCGUGUCGCCCGUGGAAGUGGGCACCCCUGCCGCGGGCGAUGGGGGUCCUGGCUUGGAUGUGCCGCCGAAGCUGCCACCCAGCAGCGGGCCCACUGCCGACCUGUCCUCUGCCGCCCCCGAAGAGCCCUCGUCACCUUCCGCCCCCGCCCGGCGGCCUCCCUUCGCCCGAGGACGACUCCGGCUGCUCUCUUUCCGGUCUGUGGAGGAGGCCAGGCCAGCGCCCACCGUGAAGGAGAAGUACCCCGUGCUGAAGGACGUGCUGGACUUCAUCAAGGACCAGUCCCUCUCCCACGACAGCGUCGUGAAGGUUCUUGCCUUAAGGAAGGCCCAGGCACAGAGUGUCCUCGAGGUCCUGAGGAUCAUUCAGUACUGCUCGGAGUCCCUCGGACAGCCCCACUGCUUCCACCCACCAUAUGUGCUCUUCCUGCUGGAGCUGCUGACCUGCCAGAAGGAGUUUACCAACUACUUCGCGCACUUGGAGGGCUGCGGCGCGCGCCUGCAUAAGGAGGUUCGCGACACUUACUACCAGUUCGUCCUGCUGCUGGUCAAGGCGGUGAAAGGGUUUCGCAGCAUAAACGACAGGUCCUUGCUGCCUGCCUUGUCCUGUGUGCAGACGGCCCUGCUGCAUUUUCUGGAUAUGGGCUGGGAACCUGGCGAUCUCGCCUUCUUUGUGGACAUUCAGUUGCCGCAUCUCCUCAUGAAGAUGUCACAAGAAAAUAUAAGCGUCCACGACAGUGUGAUCAGCCAGUGGAGUGAAGACGACGAGCUUGCUGAUGCCAAGCAGAAUUCAGAAUGGAUGGACGAGUGUCAGGACGGCAUGUUUGAGGCCUGGUAUGAAAAAAUAGCCCAGGAAGAGCCGGAGAAGCAGAGGAAAAUGCACAUGUUCAUUGCUCGCUACUGUGACCUGCUCAACGUGGACAUCUCGUGUGAUGGCUGUGAUGAGAUUGCGCCCUGGCACCGCUACCGAUGUCUGCAGUGCAGCGACAUGGACCUCUGCAAGACCUGCUUCCUAGGUGGGGUGAAGCCCGAGGGCCACGGAGACGACCACGAGAUGGUCAGCAUGGAGUUCACCUGUGACCACUGUCAGGGUUUGAUCAUCGGCCGGAGGAUGAACUGUAAUGUGUGUGAUGACUUUGAUCUCUGCUACGGGUGCUACGCAGCAAAGAAAUACUCCUAUGGCCACUUGCCCACGCACAGCGUCACGGCCCACCCGAUGGUGACCAUCCGCAUCAGUGACCGGCAGAGGCUCAUCCAGCCGUACGUCCACAACUAUGCCUGGCUGCUGUUCGCCGCCCUGGCCCUCUACAGCGCACACCUGGCCAGCGCAGAGGACGAGGCCGGGGAGAGGCUGGGCCCCCGGGAGCGCAGCAGUGCCAGCGCCCUGCGCAGCCAAUGCCUGCAGCUCGCUGGGGACUGUCUGAUGCAGGCCCACCAGGGAAAAGGUCUGAAAACUCUGUGUCUUCUCGGUAUACUGCCGGAUGGGGAAUCUGGUCCAGACCGCUGGGCCCCACCUGUCGCCGUGCCCAGCCGCACACCAGAGGAGGACAGAGCCGUCCGUGCUGUGGAGGACCCGUUGCGCGCAGGCCCUUCUGUGCUCUGCCAUGGCAAGAGAGAUGGUCCAGAGGAAGUCGGGCCUUUAGACAGCAAGCAGGAAAGUAAGGUGGACGAAGAAGGCGUGUCAUUGGCAAAGGGUCCUCCGUGCCAGACUCAGGCUUCUGACUCACCUGCGGAUGGAGGCACAGCUCCCCGGCGUCCAGAUGCCGAAAAUGUGGACGUGUUGUCUCAGAAGCCCCUCGAGGAGAAAGCGGUUCCUGCAAGCCCUGAGCAGGUGUUUGCUGAGUGCUCCCAAAAGAGGAUUCUGGGGUUGCUAGCGGCCAUGUUACCUCCCUUAAAGUUGGACCCCACGGUGCCCGCGAUGCCCCUGGAGCACGUCCUCCCACUCAUGUUCCAGGUUGUCAUCUCAAACGCAGGCCACCUGAACGAGACCUACCACCUCACGCUGGGGCUCCUCGGCCAGCUGAUCGCCCGCCUCUCACCAGCGGAGGUGGAUGCUGCGGUGGUGACGGUCCUCUCCGCCGAGCACGCCCUGUUUGCCUCAGGGGACAGUUCUGUUGUGCCCGACGGCUGGAAGACCACCCACCUGCUCUUCAGCUUGGGGGCGGUGUGUCUGGACAGCCGCGUGGGCUUGGACUGGGCAUGCUCCAUGGCAGAGAUCCUACGCUCGCUCAGCGGUACACCCCGGUGGCGGGACGUCAUCGCCACCUUCACAGACCACUGCAUCAAGCAGCUGCCUUUCCAGCUGAAGCACACCAACGUCUUCACCCUCCUGGUGCUGGUCGGCUUCCCGCAGGUCCUCUGCGUGGGGACCCGCUGUGUGUAUGUGGAUAACGCCAAUGAGCCACAUAACGUCAUCAUCCUGAAGCACUUCACGGAGAAGAACAGGGCUGUGAUCGUCGAUGUCAAAACCCGGAAGAGGAAAACAGUGAAGGACUACCAGCUGGUGCAGAAGGGGCAGGAGUGCAGCGGCUCUCAAGCCCAGCUGAGCCAGUACGCCCAGCACUUGGCCUUCAUCGCCAGUCACCUUCUGCAGACCAGCGUGGACAGCCACUGUCCUGAGGCCGUGGAAGCGACCUGGGUCCUGUCCCUGGCCCUCAAAGGACUCUACAAAACGCUGAAGGCUCACGGUUUCGAAGAGACUCACGCGACCUUCCUUCAGACGGAUUUGCUGAAGCUGCUGGUGAAAAAGUGCAGCAAAGGGACCGGUUUCAGUAAAACGUGGCUCCUGCGGGACCUGGAGAUUCUGUCCAUCAUGCUGUACUCCUCAAAGAAGGAGAGCCACACCUUGGCCGAGCACACAGCCCUGGAGCGAGACGAGCGAGGGGACCCCGAGGACGAGGCGGAGGGCAUGGUCAGCAGCCCCACCGAGCCAGAGCAGAAGAAGCUGGACCCUCUGGAGAGCCUGGACGAGCCCACCCGAAUAUGUUUUUUGAUGGCGCAUGACGCGCUCCGUGCCCCGCUGCACGUCCUCCGGGCCAUCUACGAGUUGCAGAUGAAAAGGACCGACUCCUUCUUCCUGGAGGUUCAGAAGAGGUUCGACGGGGACGAGCUCACCACGGACGAAAGGAUUCGGACCCUGGCUCAGAGGUGGCAGCCCAGCGGGGGUCUGAGGCUGGAGGAGCAGAGUGCCAAAGCCGUGGACACAGACAUGAUUAUCUUACCAUGCUUGGCCCGGCCUGCGCGCUCUGAGCAGGCCACGGCUGAGUCGAACCCCGUGAGCCAGAAGCUCAUCGCCAGCACGGAGAGCGAGUUGCGGCAGAGCUACGCCAAGCAGCGGCGCAGCAAGAGUGCCGCCCUCCUGCACAAGGAGCUGAACGGCAAGAGCAAGCGGGCCGCCCGAGACUACCUGUUCCGCGUCAACGAGGCCACGGCCGUGCUGUACGCCCGCCACGUGCUGGCCUCCUUGCUCGCCGAGUGGCCGGGCCACGUGCCAGUGAGUGAGGACACCCUGGAGCUCAGCGGCCCGGCCCACAUGACCUACAUCCUGGACAUGUUCAUGCAGCUGGAAGAAAAGCAUCAGUGGGAAAAGAUUCUGCGGAAGGUGCUCCAGGGCUGCCGAGGGAGCAUGCUGGGGACCAUGGCCCUGGCUGCCUGCCAGUUCAUGGAGGAGCCCGGCAUGGAGGUGCAAGUCAGGGAGUCGAAACACCCCUAUAACAAUAACACCAACUUCGAGGACAAAGUCCACAUCCCUGGUGCCAUCUACCUGUCGGUCAAAUUCGACCCGCAGUGCAGCACAGAGGAGGGCUGUGACGAGCUGGCCAUGGCCAGCAGUAGCGACUUCCAGCAGGACCGACACACCUUCAGCGGGUCGCAGCAGAAGUGGAAGGAUUUUGAGCUCCCAGGAGACACUCUGUACUACCGCUUCACCUCGGACAUGAGCAACACGGAGUGGGGCUACAAAUUCACUGUGACGGCGGGACACCUGGGGCGGUUCCAGACAGGGUUCGAGAUUUUGAAGCAGAUGCUAUCGGAAGAAAGAGUCGUUCCGCACCUGCCCCUGGCCAAAAUUUGGGAGUGGCUGGUGGGUGUGGCUUGUCGCCAGACUGGGCAUCAGCGGUUGAAAGCCAUCCACCUGCUCCUGAGGAUUGUCCGAUGCUGCACCCACAGUGACCUCUGUGACCUUGCGCUGCUGAAGCCACUGUGGCAGCUCUUCACGCACAUGGAGUACAGCCGGCUGGAGGACGUGACGCAGCCCGGCAUCCUGCUGCCCCUGCACCGCGCCCUCACCGAGCUGUUCUUCGUCACGGAGAACCGUGCCCAGGAGCUCGGCCUGCUGCAGGAUUACCUGCUGGCCUUAACCACGGACGACCACCUUCUCCGCUGCGCGGCACAGGCUCUGCAGAACAUUGCUGCCAUCAGCCUGGCCAUCAACUACCCGAACAAGGCGACCGGCCUCUGGAACGUCGAGUGCUAGCCUUUGCUGUGGCCUGCACAGAACGGGGGCGUCUGUCCACAAGCGCUCACGCAGACAUCUGAACUCAUUCAGGAAAACGCCCGGCCCCCCUUAAGCUCCCACUCCCACUCCGAGCAGGAUGCCAGGCAGCCUGCGAUCGAGCAGCAGCCGCGUCACACGCUUGCGC